AUGCGCACACAUUUUGAGCGACGGCUGGACAGAGAACCGAAUAUCAAGCAGCAGUAUUCCGCUUUCAUGCGAGAGUAUGAGGAGCUCGGCCAUAUGAAAGCUAUCGCGGCCGACGAAAACGAAGAUCCAAAUUCCGCUUACUACAUACCACAUCACUGUGUAGUGAAGCCCAGCAGUACGACGACCAAGUUAAGGGUCGUGUUUGAUGGAUCUACAGCGACGUCCACUGGAGUGGCGAUUAACGAUGCACUGAUGUCUGGACCGACCGUCCAGAAUGAUCUGACUUCCAUUCUUCUGAAUUUUCGGAGCUUUAAGCACGUGUUUGCGGUGGACAUCCCGAAAAUGUUCCGCCAAGUUCGAGUUCUGCCUCCGGAUACUGCGUACCAACGAAUAAUAUGGCGUUAUGAUCGAAGCAAACCACUAGCAGUGUACGAACUGCAGACGGUGACGUAUGGGUUGGCGCCAUCUCCAUUUCAAGCGACGAUGGCACUCCGUCAGGUAUCAGAGGAUUACAAGGAAGAGUUUCCUCGAGCAGCGAAGGUGAUCGAAAGGAGCACCUACAUGGACGACAUUGUUGCGGGUGCACAUAAUCUUCCGGAAGCAUGUGUACUCCAGCAGGAAAUUGAUGGUUUGUUGUCGAUAGCUUGCUUCGGUGCCCACAAGUGGUGCUCGAACAGUUCGAAAAUACUAGACCAGAUCGACGACGAACUACGUGGUACGGACUUCAAGGUUGGUGACGAAAACUCGAAGGUCAUCACCAAGACGCUGGGAAUCGUCUGGAACCCUCCCGACGAUUGGUUUUCGUUCUCCGUCACGCCAGGUGACCCCGAAGCUACAACGAAAAGAGAGAUAUUAAGUGAAGUAGCGAAGAUUUACGACUUGCUGGGCUUAGUUGGUCCAGUUGUUACUACGGCGAAGCUGAUUCUCCGGGAAGUGAGCCUUCUCUCGAUGGAAUGGGACGAACCGGUCCCACAGGACAUCGUACUCAAGUGGCGUAGAUUCCGUGAUGAGUUGACUUGCUUGAACCAACUUCGAGUACCACGAUGGAUUUCUUCGGCGAAUGCGAUGGUCGUGGAACUCCAUGGCUUUUCAGACGCCUCGGACGUAGCGUUUGGAGCGUGCCUCUAUUCUAGAGUCAUCCACAAGGAUGGCACCGUGACGAUGCAUCUGAUCUGCAGCAAAUCACGUAUCCUUCCGAAGAAAACUAAUAAGGGCAAGCCGAUCACGACUCCCCGUGCCGAACUGCUCGCUGCUCUGCUAUUGUCAAGACUGACAGAGAAAACGAUUGCUGCGAUUGACAUCGAAUUCGAGUCUGUGAAUCUUUGGACGGAUUCACAGAUUGUGCUCUGCUGGAUAGGUAAACCAGCUAGUAAUGCUGAGAUUCAGCGCAUCACCAAUUCCUACAAGUGGAGAUACAUACCGACGCAGGAGAACCCAGCAGAUAUUAUUUCGCGCGGCAUACUUCCUCGAAAAAUCCUGCAGAAUCCGAUGUGGUGGGGUGGCCCACCCAUGCUGAAGAAGGCGAUGAUUGAAGACGUGCAACCUGAACCGAUUGAUGACGAAAACUUGCCAGAAAUGAGAGCUGUGAUCUCGCUAGUUGCGACUAUUCCAGUGAAGCAAUUGACAGUUUUAACAAACGAUUAUGACAAGACGAUAAAGGCAAUGGCUUACUUCGUUCGCUUUGCGAAGUUCAUCAUCAGCAAGAGACAGACAGUGUUGAAAGGUCCACUCACCAUCCCGGAAUUGAGAACUGCAUUGGUGGUAACAGUGUGGUGCGUACAGAAGGAAGCGUUUCAACCAGAAUUACGAGCGAUUGCGGAAGGCGGCCAAUCCAAGCACCGCCUGUGCGGUUUAAAACCAUUCAUCGAUCCACGGGAUGGACUUUUACGAGUGGGAGGCAGAAUCAAAAAUGCUCUCACUUCUUACGACAGCCGACAUCAGAUGUUGCUGCCAGCUGGACACCCGUUCACGGCAGCACUAGUCGGAAUUUGCACCUGA